GAAUGGGUGUAGAUUGCAAAACAUUUAAGUUGAGACCUGAGUAUUUGAGUGUUUUAAGAAAUGAAAAUUAUGAUAAUAUUACUUUGUGACUUCAUGUACAUUAUAAUUACUUUGUGAUUAUCUGAAGAAAAAAUACAGAUUUCUGAGACAUACCAUACCUUUAUGAUCCAUAUCUUAAAAGGACUAGCUACCAAGUUAAAUUAUAUCAUAACAGCAAUUUCUUUUAUCUCAGCGAAUUAACAAACAAAGAAAAGGAAACAUGUGUUUUUGUAUGAAACAGAGAAAAGGAAAUCAAUUAAAAAAAAACUGAGAAAAGGAAACACCAAGAGCUUGUUUUCUUAUAAAUAGGUGUCUAAGGGAGAACUAUCCAAAUAACUGCAAAACCCUUUUGUUCAUUCAAUCGUAUGCUCUGAAGAUAAUAUGGGAGAACGCAAAGUCCCAAACAAGUAUAUUCCGCCAGAUUUUGAUCCGAAGAAGAUACCUCGUGUCCGAAAACCGAAGAACCACCAAAAGAAGAUUCGAUUUAUGCUCCCGGUUCGUAUUCGGUGCAACACAUGUGGUAAUUACAUGUCGGAAGGCACUAAAUUCAACAGCCGUGAAGAACAAGUCACCGACGAGAUGUACCUAGAUAUUAAAAUCGACAGGUUCUACAUCAAGUGCACCAACUGCUCCGCAGAGUUGACGAUUACAACCGAUCCAAAGAACACGGGCUAUGCUGUCGAAUCAGGUGCAGUUGCCCUUUAUAAUGGACUCGAGGAGGAGAAGCCUGAGGAAAGUGAAAACGCAUUGGAGUCGUUGGAGAAGAGAACUAUGGUAUCUAAAAGAGAGAUUGAAGUUAUGGCUGCGCUUGAUGAGAUGAAGUCUAUGAAGUCUAGAAGAGCCUCCGUGAGCGUAGACUCAAUGCUUGAGGCUUUGAAUAGAAGAAAGAAACUAGAAGAAGAGAACAUGGAGGAAGAAUUGUUUAUUAAGGCGUUAAAAUUUGGUAAGCGGGCGGCUAGGAUUAUUGAUGAAGAGGAAAACGAUGAGGCGUUGGUUGAUAAAAAGAAGAAGAAGAAGAAGAAGAAGCCUAAGAGAAGUGUUAACGGUACAUCUCCGGUUCAAAUCUCUUCGGUUCUCAUAGUCUCGAAGAAGACUGCAAAGCUAACAAGGGGACUCGAAUCUCUGUGUCAAAACUACGCCACAGACAGCGAUGAGGAGAAGUAGUAAAUCCUUUUUUUUUUUCAUCUAGCUACGGAUUUUGCAUAGAUAUUUUGUUACACUAUCUUUCUAAUAAGUUUUUUUUUUUUUAAA